AUGCGGAACGUACCCGGUCUACCCGCCUGUCCGGCGCGCUUUAUCAGCGAACCUCGGUACACAGCUCUUGUGUACGAUCGCUUCUGUCUCGCAUGCGGUAUCGGCCGUGCCGGCGGCGUGGAAUAUGGAAUCGCCAUGCGGUUCUGCGGGGCAUGCCACAAGACAAACGUUAUCAAGGGUGCGGAGCUUGUGCGUUCCGAAAAAGUGACUGAAGAUCUCGGAAAGAUGAUCUUCACGCUAUUACCGCUAGUCGCUUGUAAUCGCUGGGAGUACUUGUGCAGUAAUCGCAGUAGUCUCAAGAACUCUGGAAAAGGCGAGUAUUAUGAACCGGAGUUCAAGGCGAUCGUAAAGCAGUACCUCGACAUACAGCACAAGCCGACGGAGUUAGAGGAGUUUCUCUGCCACAAAGUCAUGAAGUGGGAGGGCGCGGUCGAUGACAAGAAGGCCGAGAAAGACAGCGAGACGCGCUGUAUUAGAUACCUCAGCAUUGUGCAGAAUUUGAAGGAUUUGGGAUAUACCACGGCGGACUUCCCCGAAACUGACCAAUGGUUGAACGUUCUCGACCAACCUCGGAAGCUUACUCCGCGCAUCUGGGAGAACAUCAAACCGAAAUUGAUCGCCCAGAUCGAAGAGGAGAAGACUAACAGGCUUCGCAUCGAAUUUGAGAAGAACGUGGCGGCGCGAUGUAAGGAGAUCCACAAGUAUUAUUUAGAAUACCUGGACAAGACGAUGGCCGCUGAGGAGCAGAAGACGAUGCCCAACCUAGCCACUUUUAGCCUUCUCCCCUCCGUUAAGGCUUUGACGACCCGCAACGACGCCUUGGUACCCCUCACAACUGAAGACUUCGAGACUAUCGUUCCCGCGAUGCUCACCGAGGCGCAAAUGCACAAAAUCAGAGUCCAGAAAGAUCUUUUGGAGAUGCUUUAUCGUGACAUGCUGCGGAAUGGUCAGACGUCGAACGUCGGAGCAAUAGGAAACAUCUUCUGCGGGCCUUGCGAUCCGGUGAUGACACACGCCUGCGCGCUGUUCAGCUGCCACGACUACUGCCUCAACACACCGCUUCCUUACUUCGAUAUCCUUAACCACUUCCGGACAGCACAUCCGACCGUUGUUUGGGAUACGACGAACUGGGCGCCGGGCACUCAGCAGAUAAGAGGCUGGCGGUGGGAUCCUGCGUGGAUAGGGGCGGCAGAGGGCAUCACACAAUUGGUCUCGAGUGCACUCCGAGUGCUCGGGUUGCGGCUAGAUGCUUCGAGCACGGACCUGGACGAACUCGUCCGUGCAAGGAGACUGUGGUGCUCUUGCGGAUAUCCGCUUUUCCCUCUAACGGCGGAGUCGACGUGGUUUUCCCUGAUAACCCACGUCUAUAUGGAGCAUCGCUGGUUCAUUGACAUGAUCUCUCCAAAGUUCGUCGUCUUUCGCUGGGCGACGUUGCCUCGGCUGAGCUAUUUUUAG